AUGGCUGUUGGGAAGAACAAGCGCCUCUCAAAGGGCAAGAAGGGCAUCAAGAAGAAGACCCUCGACCCUUUCACCCGCAAGGACUGGUACCAAGUCAAGGCUCCAUCUUCCUUCCAGAUCCGAGAUGUCGGAAAGACUCUCGUCAACAGAACCACUGGUCUCAAGAACGCAAACGAUGCGCUAAAGGGCAGAAUUUUCGAGGUUUCUUUGGCCGAUCUCCAGAAGGAUGAGGACCACGCUUUCCGCAAGGUCAAGCUCCGUGUCGAUGAGGUUCAAGGCAAGAACUGCUUGACCAACUUCCACGGUCUCGACUUCACCUCUGACAAACUCCGAUCCCUCGUCCGAAAAUGGCAGACCUUGAUCGAGGCCAACGUCACCGUCAAGACCACCGAUGACUACCUCCUCCGUUUGUUCGCAAUCGCCUUCACCAAGCGCAGGCCAAACCAGAUCAAGAAGACCACAUACGCCGCCUCUUCCCAGAUCAGAGCCAUCCGAAAGAAGAUGACCGAGAUCAUUCAACGUGAAGCCCAAAGCUGCACCCUUACACAACUCACCGCCAAGCUUAUCCCUGAGGUUAUCGGCCGUGAGAUCGAGAAAUCCACCCAAGGCAUUUACCCAUUACAAAAUGUCCAUAUCCGUAAAGUCAAGCUCCUGAAGGCACCCAAGUUCGACCUCGGCGCUCUUCUUAACCUCCACGGCGAAUCGAACACAGAUGAGUCGGGUCAGAAGGUUGAGCGGGAAUUCAAGGAGAAGGUUUUGGAUGAGGCAACACAUCUUGAAAUUAUGGCAUCCGACGAGUCACUACCUACCCUCAAGAUCUUAAUGAUCGGGCCCUCUGGGGCCGGUAAAUCAGCUUUACUUAUACGAUACUGCGAUGAUCAGUUCGACUCCGACGGUUCGACCGCCACAAUAGGAGUAGAUUUCAAACUCAAGAAACUCUCCGUGCAUGGAAAAGCCUACCGCCUCAACCUCCUCGACACAGCCGGCCAAGAGCGCUUCCGCACCCUCUCCAACUCCUACUACCGCGGUGCGCAUGGCGUGAUACUCGUCUACGACAUCUCUAACCGCGAGAGCUUCAACGCGAUGGAGCGCUGGUUCGAGGAGGCGGAAGCGAACGCUAUGCCGGGCGCUGUUAUGUAUCUGGUGGGCAGCAAGAUGGACAAGGCGGGCGCUAGACAGGUCAAGGUCGACGAGGGGACGGAGCUGGCUGAGAGGCAUGGGUGUGGGUUUUGUGAACUUAGUGCGAAGACGAGGGAGGGUGUGAGGAAGCCGUUUGUGGACAUUGUGGAUGCUAUUGUUAAGAACCCGCAGCUCUUGAAUGCGGCGAAUAGGAGGGCUGGUGCGGUCGCGGUGGGUGGAGGAGGGGGAGAGGGGUAUGCGAGUGGGUGUGCUUGUUAA